AUGGAAUACAAAGAUAUCGUCUUCAUUAGUGAUAAUCCUUACGAAGGCGGUCACCGAUCUGCAGUUGACGCUAUCACUGGUGGAGUCGUGAACUGGAUGACAGAUGCGUUGAAAAGAGAGUUUGUUGUCCAAUUCAGAAGGUACGGGACGGUCAAACAAAGACGGAUUCUUAAUCGAAAAUACAAGGACAUUUUUCGGGUAAUGGCGGAUAUGAACAUUACUGAAGCCCAAUACGAGGACUUAAAAUUAUGGUACUUCCGUUCGAAGAACCAGACUCAUUUUGAAUCAUUCCAAAAUAUCCAAUUUUGUUUCAUGUACACAGACUCAGAGACAUCUGAAUCUGAAGACUGUGUAGGUACGAAGAUUCUGGAUAAAGAAACGACAAAUGGUAGAAAGGAAAUCGCAGAUAACAAGUCUGAAGAGGGCUGUAUGAUGGAUUCGGAUGAACCAAGAAACGAACCAAAGAAUGUAUUACAUAAAGAAGUUACGUUGAUUAUGGCUGAAGUAAUGGAUGGCACUCAAUAUGCCAAUACUAUAUCUGGACCAGAACAUGGGGAACCUUGUAUCGCAAACGAUCCUCAAUAUAGCUUGCAUGAACUCGAGUUCACAAUCGGUGCCAUCACAUGGUUCAGUACUAGUCGCAACAAAAUUUGGAAGAGUUCCUUUUUCCGAUCCGUUGACUCAUUUACCUGGAACGGUGUCUGCGUUUCAAUCGUUUUCAUAUGCCAAUUCAAGUAG